AUGAUAUCGUUCUUCUCGAAACUAUCGUUGAAGAACUCUGAGAAGUCGCCAGAGGAAAUAGCUAAGCCUGCGUAUAUGGAUAAAAGUGCGACAUUACAGGAGCUCGGGUACAAAGACGAUAAUGACUUGAGAGAAACAAUUUAUGACUUUUUGCGGACUAUCCGGGAUCCCGAGAAGCCUAGUACGUUGGAGGAUCUUAAGGUGGUGUAUGAAGAGGGAAUCUUCGUGAAGGAACCGACGGCUGACAAAGUCCCCGUGCUGAGAGUGGAGUACAAUCCCACUGUACCUCAUUGUUCUUUGGCAACCCUUAUUGGUCUGUGUAUUCGAAUAAAAAUACAGAGAUCUAUACAUCAUCCUAUAAAACUGGAUAUCUAUAUAAAAAAGGGUGCCCAUACCACUGAAGAUGAAAUUAAUAAGCAAAUCAAUGACAAAGAAAGAAUCGCGGCCGCAAUGGAAAACCCUAAUUUAAGAAACCUCGUCGAGAACUGCAUCGCUGACGAAGGU